AAUCUGUCUCUUUCCUCUUUCUUGUUUCAGGAUAUUGGAAGCACCCUCAACAGGUGCAAGGGAGUCACGUUUGAACUUCCCGCUCUGCUUGAAUCUCCAGAACUAAUGAAAAAGCUCCAAAAAUUAACCAAGGAGAGUGAGUCACUGCAGAAGGAACUGAAGAAAUUCAGAGAGACUCUGAAGGAACCAAAGUGGAUAAAAGAGGAUGUGACACUGGACCCAGUGACAGCUCACCCUCGAUUUAUCGUGUCUGAAGAUUUGAAAAGUGUCAGGUGGCGCUCUGUCCGUGAGGAAUUGCCCUAUGAUGCCAGGAGAUUUGACACUGUCCGCUGUGUCCUUGGCUCCCAAGGGUUCUCUUCAGGGAAGCAUCACUGGAUAGUGGACGUGGAUCAAGGAAAUUUUUGGGCUGUGGGGGCGGCCAGAGAAUCUGUGAAGAGGAAAGGCCAGUUCAAUAUAGUUCCUGAGGAGGGAAUCUGGGCUGUGGGUCUUCUCAGUGGUCAGUACAAAGUUCUAACUUCACCUCCUACUAUUAUAAAUCAGAGUAAGCAUUUGAAGAAAAUCCAGAUUUGUUUGGACUGGGAUGGAAAAACUCUGGCAUUUUUUGAUUUUGAAGAAAAGAAGCGCCUUGUUCUCUUUUCAUCACUCACUUUUAAGUCAGAGAAAAUAUAUCCUUUUUUCCGAGUUGGUGAUAUUAAUACUGUCCUUUGUCUAUGUUAAACUUUUUGUCACUGUCAAGAAAGACCUGAGCCUUAUUUAUCACACUGUUAUAGUUAUAUAAUAUUAUAGCACAAUUAUUCCACUUUAGUUAUAGUGAGUUAUUCCACUUUAGCUACCACAGUUCCAUCAUGUGAAAUCCUGGGACUGGCACUUUAAGUAAGGGCAUUUGAAAUUCUCAGCCAAGGCACUCCAAUGUCUUGCCAGACUAAAGACCUCAGGAUUUCUUAGGAUGGAACCAUGGCAGUUAAAGUGGAAUAAUAGCACUAUAGCUGGGCAGUGUGAACAGGCCCCUAGUCAUGAAGCUCAGAACCAAAACACUCCAACACAGCAGUAGUGUGCGCAGAACUCACUUUUGUCUAGUAUAAUCUGGCAUAAUCUAGGUAUUUGAUUUUCUCCUUGAAACACUGUAAAGGACAUUUCUUAAAGGCAUAGUUUAGAUUCCUAUAAAUUAAUUCUCUACCUAUGACAUGGUCUUUUAAAAUCCAAAUAGUAAUUUUUGCUGAAUUUCAAGGCCCAACAACUAUACUAAACUAGUUCCAGUUUUUAACAAAAGUUUUAUUAUCUUCCUCAUAGGUGGGGUUUUGGUACUGUGGUACAUAUAAGCACUCUUCAUGCAUAUGACAAGGUUUAUUUAUUUUAAAUUACUGCCUCCCUCAGGAAAUACAAAAGAGGUGCAAUCAGACAACCAUCUUUUAGGCAUUUUAUUAUGAAAUGCGGGGUUUGAAAACUAUACAUAUACCCUCCCACCAUUCACAAGAGACAUAGAAUCAUAGAGUUAGAAGGGCCAUCCAGUCCAACCCUCUGUCAUGCAGGAACUCACAAUCAAAGCACCCUCCCCCAACAGAUGGCAAUCCAGCCUCUGUUUAAAAACCUCCAAAGGCGACUCCACCACUCUCCUAGGGAGUAUGUUUCACUGUCAAAUAGCUCUGACCAUCAGGAGGUUCCUCCUGAGAUUUAAGUGGAAUCUCUUUUCCUGUAGUUUGAAUCCACUGUUCCUUGUACUAGUGUCUGGAGCCAUGGAAAAGAAGCCUGUUCCCUCUUUGAUAUGACAUCCCUUCAGAUACUUAAAGAAGACCAUCAUGUUCCCUCUUAACCUUCUUUUCAUCAGGCUAAACAUUUUCAGCUUCCUAAGCUGCUCCUCAUAAGAAGACAUGGCUUCCAGACU